UCUGGCUGCCUGUCAGAGAAAGCCAAAAAGCAAAGAGAUCUCUUAGCAGAAAAAUCUGUAUCUGAAAUUUAACCCAAAAAUACUUGUGUCAUAUUUUCAGAGCAUAAAGUACUGACAUUGGGAGUGUUUGUGUACUUCAUUACUUGAAGGGAAAACAUGAAGUAUUUAAUCCCCAACAGUUUAAAAAAUCCUAAUGAAUUUCUUCUGUGACAGUCAGCUGGAGUGUUCCCCUUUUUAUACACUUCAUCCUUCCCCCAGUCUCUGUUGGUGCAAAUGUGAUUUGAAACAAGCCUGUUUUCUGUGCUGUGACCUUCCCACGAGCCCCCCGGCGGGCAGGGGCGAUGGCAGAGCUGGCAGGAGUGAUGUCUGUGCACUUGGGAUCCCAGGAGGAUGCUGGCCCUGCCCUCCAGAACCGACUCUCCUGCAAGACUUCCCAGCGUUUACUGGGCAGCGAAGACCACCCACGGCUCCCAGUCCAGCUCUGUAAGUAUUCCACCCAGAAAUUGGUGCCACGGGGCUGCUCUGGCUCUGUCAGAGCCUUUGGGCUCUGAUUGAGGCCCUUGUUCUUUGCUGUGCCCACCCUGAGGUACCUGCACGCCCUGCACAGCGAGGGCAGAGCCCUCAGAGCCCAGGGCUGCGGGGUUUGGGGUGAGCUGCCCCAAUGGCUCCUGUGUUAUUCUCCUGCCGAGGGAAGGCAUUCCAGGAGCAUCCCCGUGGCCUCCGGGAAGGGCUCACCAACAACUGCUCUGUGUGCACUGGCCUGGCAGGGUGAGCUGCCUGAGGCUGGGCUGCUCGGGGCCUCGGCACAAGUUUGGGAGGGUGGAGCUGCCUUCGGGAGGAGCUGUGCUCCUGGAGCCAGAGCGAGGGAGGCUCUGCUGGGCUUUGCACUCUCUCUACACACUUGCUGUUGUGAAGGGAAUUAUUUUUUUUUUUUAACCUUUCUGGACAAGAUUUUUAUUACAGCAGUGACAUUUCCACGUUGUUUCGUACUUUGAAGAGUUUUAAGGAUUCCUGCCGACGCUGUUCCUGAGGGAAGCCAUGCCCUGCCACAGAGCCCUUCGCCUGGUCCUGCUAACACUGUGUGGCAUCCUGGUCCCUGCUGUGCUGGCAGAGUACCCACAGGGCCCGGUCCCCACCCUGUGGAAUGAGCCACCCGAGCUGCCCUCCGGAGCCGGUCCCUUCGACGCUGCCACCACCACAGCGCGGCUGUCGGACGCCACCGCCUUCCCCCUGUACACCUCUGAGCUGGAGCCCGAGGACACCACCCACCUGCACCGACUGGACACCGGGGACGGCUCACUGGGGCCCGGAGCUAUCGGUGCCAUUGUCAUCGCUUCCCUCCUGGGGACGUCUGUGCUUGUGGCGUUGGUCAUCAUCACGCUGAGAAAGUUCUCGGCCUCCUGAACUCAAUAAAAGAUUUUUCUGUUACA